CAGAGUGCGCGCUUACACCUCUAAGAAGGUGUGAAAAAGCGGAAGUGUCGGUCAGCUGACUCUCUCACAUGAUCUGCAGAUAUUGUCAGGGAAGCUGAGUCUCUAUUUUCUCCGUUAAUCUGGUGUUUUUUCAGCUCGUGAUGGCCGGCCGCGGGAAACUGAUCGCCGUUAUCGGUGAUGAGGACACGUGCACCGGAUUCCUGCUCGGUGGGAUCGGCGAACUCAACAAGAACCGGAAACCGAAUUUCUUGGUGGUGGAGAAGGACACGAGCAUCACGGAGAUCGAGGAGACCUUCAAGAGCUUCUUGGGUCGGAACGACAUCGGCAUCAUCCUGAUCAAUCAGUUCAUCGCCGAGAUGAUCCGUCACGCCAUCGACGCCCACAUGCAGUCGAUCCCCGCCGUGCUGGAGAUCCCGUCCAAAGAGCAUCCGUACGACGCGUCCAAGGACUCCAUCCUGCGCCGAGCCAAGGGCAUGUUCUCCGCCGAGGACUUCCGAUGAACUCAACAUACACACACACUAAACACACACACACUGUAAACACACACACACACACACACACACACACACACACACAC